AUGGUCAGUGAUGGAUUUGGCAUUGGUUAUUACACGGAACCUGAACUUGGACCAGAGCCAUGUAUCUUCACAUCUACCAUUCCUGCAUGGAAUUGUAUCAACCUUCAACGAAUUGCCUCAAAGACCGCUUCACCGCUCAUAUUUGCACAUGUGCGAGCUACAACCGAGGGCUCCCUUAGCGACGACAACUGUCAUCCCUUCUCUCAUGGAAGUUUACUGUGGAUGCACAAUGGUGGACUAGGUGGUUGGAAGCAUAUAAAAAGACGUUUGGGCGAAAGACUGGCCGAUAAAUGGUAUCUUGGUGUUCAUGGAGGUACCGACAGUGAAUGGGCAUUCGCUUUAUAUCUGGACACACUUGAGAGAAUGGGUCACAAUCCUAGUGCUCCACCGGCUCAAGGAUUUGGCCCAACUGUUCUGAGGCAUGCCAUGCUUGCUACCAUCAAGCAGAUCAACGAUUUUAUUGCAGCGAUCCCGGAGAAGACAAUCGAGGAAGAAAAUCUGGACAUUCGAAGUUUGUUGAAUUUUGCAAUCGCCGAUGGCCAUAGUGUUGUCUGUACUCGUUAUGUCAGUAGCAAGACCGAUGAGGCAGCCAGUCUCUAUUACUCUUCCGGUACUACAUGGGAGGACAAAGGUAAUAAGGGCGAGUACCAAAUGGAUCGUCGAGACAAGGGCGCUGAUAUCGUUCUCGUUGCAAGCGAACCUUUAACAUUUGAGAGAGAAAGCUGGGUGACGGUUCCGACUAAUUCCAUUUUGACAAUUCACAAGCAGACUGUUAUGGUACAUCCGAUCAUCGAUGAAUACUAUAACCACAAUCCGUAUCAUUCACGAUCCUCCCAAUUUGUCACCGACAAGGGCCUCAUCACGAACGAAAAAUCGACGCCAGCUACAACAUCAACUCCCACCACACCUAUGUCACUACAUCAGUCACUCGCCAAAUCACUUAAUCCAUUGUCAGCUGUGCUGUCGCCGAGAGAAAACUAUAAUCCCAACAUACUGAACAACACAUCGUAUACACCAGCAAUCUCGGACAUUCGGCAUGCCUCCCCAGCACCCUCCCGUCCUGCCAUAACUUCCUACAAAUCUGGGGAGCUGGGCAACACGAAGAAAAAACGUACCACUGCGCCUAUCCCCUCGCUGGUACAGAUCCCAGCCGAUAGCUAUUUUCCGGAGUUGGAUAGUAUCAAUCGGAACUGA